CCGCGGAUGAGCGGAGGCCCGGCGGGCAGGCCCUGGCGGAGCCGGCCGUGAUGGACACCAAGGGCCUGGACAGCUCACAGGCUGACCUGAAGCUGGUGGCGCACCCGCGCGCCAAAAGCAAGGUGUGGAAGUACUUUGGCUUCGACACGGACGCCGAGGGAUGCAUUCUGCAGUGGAAGAAAAUCUACUGCCGUAUCUGCAUGGCCCAGAUCGCCUACUCCGGCAACACCUCCAACCUCUCCUACCACCUGGAGAAGAACCACCCCGAGGAAUUCUGUGAGUUCGUCAAGAGCAACACCGAGCAGAUGCGCGAAGCCUUCGCCACCGCCUUCUCCAAGCUGAAGCCCGAGUCCUCGCAGCAGGUGACCCCGGACACACUGGCCGCCAAGUCGGCCCACGGCUACGAGAGCAAGCGGCAGCAGGAGCUGACGGCCGCCGUCAUGAGCUUCAUCUGCGAGGGCCUGUACCCCGCGUCCAUCGUGGACGAGCCCACCUUCCGGCUCCUGCUGAAGACGGCCGAGCCCCGCUACGAGCUGCCCAGCAGGAAGUUCUUCUGCACCAAGGCCAUCCCCGAGAAGUACGGCGCCGUCCGCGAGGUCGUCCUCCGGGAGCUGCGUGACGCCCUGUGGUGCGGUGUCUCCACGGACAUGUGGCGCAGUGGUAACCAGAACCGUGCCUACGUGACGCUGGCCGCCCACUUCCUCACCAGCGCGUCCCCCAACUCGCUCUCGGUGGUGUCCCGGUGCCUCAAGACAUUCGAGGUGCCGGAGGAGAACGCGGCGGAGACCAUCACGCGCGUGCUCUACGAGGCCUUCAUCGAGUGGGGCAUCAGCACCAAGGUCUUCGGGGCCACCACUGACUCCGGCAAGGACAUCGCCAAGGCCUGCUCGCUGCUGGACAUCCCGGUCCAGAUGCCGUGCCUCGGGCAGACCUUCAACAUCGGUAUCCAGCGGGCGUUCCAGCUGCCCAAGCUGGGCAGCCUGCUGUCGCGCUGCCGCAAGCUGGUGGAGUACUUCCAGCAGUCGGCGGUGGCCAUGUACAUGCUAUACCAGAAGCAGAAACAGCAGAAUGUCGCGCACUGCAUGUUGGUGAGCAACCGGGUGUCCUGGUGGGGCAGCACACUGGCCAUGCUGCAGCGCCUGAAGGAGCAGCAGUUUGUCAUCGCGGCUGUGCUGGUGGAGGACAGCAACAACCAUCAUCUGAUGCUGGAAGCCACCGAGUGGGCCACCAUCGAAGGCUUGGUGGACCUCCUGCAGCCCUUCAAGCAGGUGGCCGAGAUGCUCUCCGCCUCCAAGCACCCCACAAUCAGCAUGGUCAAACCGCUUUUGCACAUGCUCCUAAACACGACACUCAACAUCAAAGAGACCGACUCUAAAGAGAUCAGCAUGGCCAAAGAGGUCAUAGCCAAGGAGCUCUCCAAGACCUACCAGGAGACGCCCGAGAUCGACAUGUUUCUCAACGUUGCCACCUUCCUGGACCCACGUUAUAAGAGGCUGCCCUUCCUCUCGGCGUUCGAACGUCAGCAGGUGGAGAAUAGGGUGGUGGAGGAGGCCAAGGGGCUGUUGGACAAGGUCAAGGACGGCAGCUACCAGCUGGCCGAGGACAAGAUGUACACGCUGCCCGAGGAGCCGCCGGUGAAGAAGCUCACGCUGGUGUCCACGCCGCCUCCCAGCAGCGUCAUCAACAACAUGCUGGCCGAGAUCUUCUGCCAGUCGGGUGGCGUGGAGGACCAGGAGGAAUGGCAUGCCCAGGUGGUGGAGGAGCUGAGUAACUUCAAAUCCCAGAAGGUGCUGGGUCUCAGCGAGGACCCACUCAAGUGGUGGUCUGACCGCCUGGCCCUGUUCCCUGUGUUGCCCAAAGUCCUCCAGAAGUACUGGUGUGUGGCGGCCACCCGUGUCUUCCCCGAGCGUCUCUUCGGCUCCUCGGCCAACGUGGUGAGUGCCAAGCGGAACCGCCUGGCCCCAGCCCAUGUGGACGAGCAGGUCUUCCUGUACGAGAAUGCCCGGAGUGGGGCAGAGGCCGAGCUGGAGGAUGAGGACGAGGGGGAGUGGGGCCUGGACCAGGAGCAGAUGUUCCCCUUGGGGGAGGCCGUCAGCGUCAACAGUGGCUUCUUCGGGAUCCGCGACAGCGGGUUCAUUUAGCGGGACUGUGGGGGCCGGCGGAGGUGAAGGGGAAGAGGGGGGGCUUCAACUGACCUGUCGGAUGCUUCGCUGUAAAUAUGGCUGCAACAUAGGGUCGUCCUGGCUGGAUUUUUUAACUCCAAUCCAUAGGCUUUGGA